CGCCUCUCCCUCCCUCAAUUAUUAAGAGCGGCAGCGCGUCCAAGGUUCCAGUAGCUCUGCUCCCGUGGCCCGACGCGCGCCUACUCCAGAACACCCCCCAGUGUCUCAGUGAUAACCCUCCCUGCCGUAUUCAUGGCCGCUGUCACAUUUACCACAGCUCUGGUCCUUCUGUCAGUUCUGAUUUCCAUGGCGUCGCCACCUGUACUGGCCCGGACCUUAGAAGAGGACGAGUCCUUUGAAGAGACAAUUUCUGCCUCCCUGAGCCUCUCUCCGCAGACGACAUGCUGCACUCGAGACCAGAAGAUGAAGACCAUCGGUAUUUCAGAUACUACGGGAGAACAGAUUGAGGUUGACGUGGGCCGCUGCCGGCGACGAUGCGGGGGCAAGAGGCAGCUGAAGAAACACGACGUGCAACGCCUCAUGUUAGAGAAUCCUGACGUGGACCCGCGUCUGCUGUUCCUGCUGCACUCCAGUCCCCGCGGGGAGCCCUCAUGUCCCGGGGAGGAAGUGUGCUCACCCUCAGCCUGGCGAGUGGAGAGGCUGGCCACUAUGGAGGGGACAGUAAGUGUGACGGUGACAGAGAGUUGUAACUGCCAUGCCCGUCCUCAUUCCUGCCGCCGCCAGCCGCGCCCUGUCACGCUCCACAAGGGCACACCUCUGCAGACCACGCUUGAUCUGGGAGACUGUCAGGGACAUUGUCCACACGAGCUGGGAUGCAGGGCCACGAAGUCCAGGACAGUGGCAGUGGAGGGACCCAACGGGUCAGAAUGUGUGACAGUGGUGGAUGAGUGCGGCUGUGAGGACUCUUGCUACCGCGCCUCGCUGCUGCAGCAUGUAUACAACUACACCUCCGCAGACGCCCCUCAGGCUCAGGUGAUUGACGUCGGCACUUGCAUAGGGGAGUGUGACAUCGUUCCAGAAGAUCAGUGCGUGACCAGGGAGUCGAGCGGAGGCUGCCUCAUGUCCCUGGUCAGGAGGAACUCCAGGUGUUCCCCGACAGGGCUCAACCAGGUGCAGGUGACCCAGCAAGACGGCACCACCCUCACUCUCUACACCGUGACUCGAUGUGGGUGCCUGUAACUGCCACGCGUUACCCGCUGCCGGGUGUCCCCGCCCCACUGGCGGCACACGGCCACGCAACCACGACCACCACUAUGAGAUUCGUAUUGGAUCUCUCUCCCAAAUAAGCACCUGGGCUUCAAAGAUAUGCGAACAGCAAGUUAAAAUAAAUCAGAACCUCGGUCUCAAUAGCAUAUAAGACAACAAAGACAACAAAAAGCUUGUUCAUCAGCCUACAAGUGUUUUUACGUGACGAAACAUUCUUCAUCGAUCGCCACCAUCUCUCCAUCCACAAAAAAGCGAUGUGUCCACAACAUAAAUUCGAACACAUGCAUGUGCGAGUAUUCAGUCAAUUGUCAACUCUGCUGGUGACUCAAACACCUGCUACAUUUUCUUCCCCAAUACACUGGCGGCUGCCCACUUCACGAGGUUCCGUCAGAAGUGACUAACUUUCCACGAGGUUCUCCUUCCAGAGUCUCCUUUCCAUGAGACUUUCCUCUUCAUAAGGCUCCCCUGCCUAUGACGUUCCGUUCUCCAUGACGCUCUUUUUCCUUAGAUAUUCCCACACACAAGAUUUCCUCUUCCAUUUGGCUUCCCGUUCCUGACACUUUCCCUCCAUAAGACUACCACUUCUAUCAGGCCCUCUCGUCCAUGAGAUUUCCCCUUCCAUGAGGCUUCCCCUUUCUUGAGGUUCUUUCUUCCAUAAGAUUCCCUCGUCCAUGAGGUUCCCACCUCCAUGAGGUCUCCCCUUCCAUGAGGCUUCCCCUUUCAUAAGCUUCUUUCUUCCAUGAGACUGGGUUUUCUCUUCCAUGGGUUUCCUCUUUCAUGGGACUCCUCCAUUCCAUAAGGCUCCCUCUUUCAUGAGGCUUCCUAUUCCAGGAACUCCCUCUUCAUUGAGGCUUCCCUUUCCAAGAGGCUCCCUCCUCACUGAGGUUUCCUAUUCCAUGAGGUUUCCUUUUCAGUGAGACUUCCCCUUCCAUGAGGCUCCCUCUUCCAUGAGGCUUCCCCUUCCAUGAGGCUUCUUCUUCCAUGAGGCUUCUCUUUCCAUGAGGCUCCCUCUUCCAUGAGGGUUCCCCUUCCAUGAGGCUCCCUCUUCCACGAGGCUUCCCCUUCCAUGGGGCUUCUUCUUCCAUGAGGCUUCUCUUUCCAUGAGGCUCCCUCUUCCAUGAGGGUUCCCCUUCCAUGAGGCUCCCUCUUCUAUGAGGCUUCCCCUUCCAUGAGGUUCCCUCCUCCAUGAGACUCCCCGUUCCAUGAGGCUCCCUCCUCCAUGAGACUUCCCCUUCCAUGAGGCUCCCUCUUCAAUGAGGCUCCCCUUCCAUGAGGCUCCCUCUUUAAUGAGGCUUUUCAUUCAAUGAGGCUCCCUCUUCCAUGAGGCUUCCCUUUCCACGAGGUUAUGACUUUUAUGAGGCUCCACUCUUUCCAAAAGAAAUUGUUUUUCCCGACACUUAGUGUUUCAGAAGCUUCUCGAUGCGCUGCGUUUUGUUUAAUUUUUCAGCCACGAAGGAAGUUGGUAUCAAUGCUCGUUCCUUCAGGGCGCAGCAGCCACCCACGGUAGGCUUGCCCUCCCGGUGCCGCGCCCUCAAGGAGUACCGGGAUGCUUGCAGUCACUGCUUAGGUUUUCAUGUUGUUAAGGCAUUAUCAUGAGCAUGUGUUUUAGGUGAUGGAGUGCCGAUGACCUGAUGACAUGAUAAGAUGUGUUGUUGUUGCUACACGAUGCUUCUUAUUCUGCAUUAUAAGCAGUCACUCUAUCGAUACGACGCCACCUAUCAGGGGCAUGUGUUGAGCGUUGUUCAUUUUGAACAACGCUUAAAAUGCAUUCUUUUCCGAUAAUGACUUAAUUACUUUAUUCAGCAAAGCAAUAUAUUCUUUACUAUUUAUUAUGUAGUCUAUUAAAUAAUCAUUAAUUGGUAA